AUGCCUCUCCCGGAGCCCCAAAGCCGCUCGGGUGGGCCACAGCCUGGGCUUCUGCGGGGCGGCGGCCUCUGGCGCUCACUCCGCCCUGCGCGGGCCUGGGCGGGGCGCCGUCCCCUGGGAAACGGGACGCGCGGCUUCUCCCGGGCGGUGGCCUCGGCUGCUGGGCUCGCGGGGCGCGCAGUCGCGGGGCAGAAAGAAGCAGCAGGUGGGGGGCUACGCUCGGCGCUCACGGAAGAGAGUGGUCGCCUUCAGGGCGCGCGGCAAGGGGUGAACUCGCCCACCGUCCCUGGCGCAGGGGACCCGGUGUCCCCCGUGGUAGCCCUGGAGGUGCUAGGCUUUCAGGAAGCCUCCCUUCGCCUCACCCCGGGCGCGGGUUUGGAGGCGGCGGACGUGAUGGAGUUGGAGGAGGAGGACGAGGAAGAGGAGGCAGCGGCCGCCAGGAAAGCGCGGACUUUCGGCCAAGACACGCGGGUGCGCUUCCUCCGCGGCCGCCUGGAGCAGAUGCUGAGGUGCCCGGAGGAGAAAUGGAGCCAGUAUUUGGAGAAUGAGGACAACCGACAGGUCCUGGGGGACUUUCUGGAGAGCACCAACCCGACCUGUCUUGUAUUCAGCCUAGCCGCAGCCGGGAGACUUGCGGCCUUCCAGGAGAUUCCAAGAGAUGCAAAACAUAAACUUGUUUAUAUUGCCAAGAAGGUUAUGGAAAGCACUGGAGUAAAGGAUUUCUCUCAAACAGUUUUAUUUGGAGAGUUACCUACAUCCUCUCUUGGAUAUGUAACUGCUUUCUUAGAAGAGAUUUUAGUGCCAAUUCUUUCUAAUAAGAACAACCAUAAAUCCUGGUCCUGUUUUACUUCGCAAGAUAUGGAAUGUCACAUAGAAGUCAUGAAGACUAAGAUGCAUAUAUUUAAGGGCCAAAUGUCUAGAAGAACUCUGCUACCAAUUCCUACUAUUGCAGGAAAAAUUGACCUAGAUCAGAAUUAUUCAGAGACCAAGCUGCAGUCAGAUGAAAGGAUAAUACUCCACACAAUUGAAUCCGUGAUUAUUAAAUGGUCACAUCAAAUCCAAGAAAUUGUAGAAAAAGAUUCAGUACAGUCUUUGCUGAAUAGUCUUCACUCUAAUCCUCAAACUGAGCUGGAUUUCUGGACAAUGAGAAGAGAGAAUCUAUCAUGCACUUACGAUCAGCUUCAGACUCCUGUUGUCCUCAAAAUGGUUAAGAUCCUGAAAAAGAAACAAAGUAGCUAUUUUCCUACUUUGAAGGGCAUCCUCAUGACUGUGGAAAAUGCUCUUCUUGAAGCCCAAGAUGUGGAACUUUAUCUGAGACCUCUGAGGAAACACAUUCAGUCUCUCCAGGAGACGGAAUUCCCACAGAUGCGCAUAUUAAUCGCCCCAUUGUUUCAUACCAUCUGUCUGAUCUGGAGUCAUUCCAAAUUUUAUAAUACCCCUGCUCGGGUUAUAGUUUUAUUGCAAGAGUUUUGUAACCUCUUCAUUGACCAGGCAAUAGCUUAUCUUUCUCCUGAGGACCUUUUGAAGGGAGAAAUUGAAGACUCACUGGAAAAAGUACAGGUGGCCAUUAACAUCUUAAAGACUUUCAAAGAUUCUUUUUUCAACCAUAGAAGAAAAUUGUCAAGCUAUUUUACAGGAAAUAAGGAGCUGCGACCCUGGGAUUUUCAGUCUCAUCUGGUGUUUUGCAGAUUUGACCAAUUUCUUGACCGCUUAAUGAAAAUAGAGGAUGUAUUUGUCACCAUAUUGGAAUUUGAAAAGCUGGAAAGAUUGGAAUUCGGCGGUACCAGGGGAGCCAUUUUAAAUGAACAGAUCCAUGAGAUGAAUGAAGCAUUUAUGGAACUCUGUGAAGUAUUUAAACUGAGCACUUAUGACCCAUCUGAUUGCAGUAACAUGGAAUUUGAAAAUGAUUAUGUUAUGUUUAAAUCUGAAACUUUGGAUUUUGAUAGAAGGCUUGGAACAAUUCUUUGUGAGGGUUUCUACAACUGCAAUGGUUUAGAAGCUGCAUUUAAGCUUUUGACCAUAUUUGGGAAUUUUCUGGAGAAGCCAGUUGUCAUGGAAAUUUUCAGCCCACAUUACAACACACUAGUGCACAUGUUUAUUGCAGAGCUGGAUAUGUGUAAGCAAUUGUACAAUGAACAUGUGAAACAGAUUGAACGUGGACAUGCAGUUCUUAAUAAGAACAUGCCAUUUACUUCAGGAAAUAUCAAAUGGGCCAGAGAAGUCCUUGAACGACUUCAAACGUUUUGGUCCAACUUUGCAUCUCUCCAGUAUCUAUUCUUGAACAGUCCUGAGGAUGCCUUAGUUUAUCAGAAGUAUGUUGAAAUGACCACUUUGCUAGACCAAUUUGAAAAUCACAUCUAUAACAAGUGGAAAAGUAAUGUGGAUGAAAUCUGUGCAUUUAAUUUGAACCAACCCUUGGUUAAAUUCAGUGCCAUAAAUGGUCUUCUCAGUGUCAACUUUGACCCAAAGCUAGUGGCUGUGUUGAGAGAAGUAAAAUACCUCUUAAUGUUGAAGAAACCAAACCUACCAGAUUCAGCUUUAACCAUCUUCAAAAAGAGAAACACCAUUUUAAAGUACAUUGGAAAUCUUGAGCUUCUUGUACAAGGAUAUAAUAAGCUGAAACAGACUCUUCUGGAAGUUGAAUACCCUCUGAUUGAAGAUGAGCUGAGGACCAUAGAUGAGCAAUUAACAGCAGCCACAACAUGGUUGACAUGGCAGGAUGACUGCUGGGAAUAUAUUGAGGCAGUGACGAUGGCCACCUCUGAGUUGGAGCACAGAGUGGAGCGCACACAGAACAAUGUGAAACUGAUCCAGCAGACAAUGAGGGCUUGGGCGGAGAACACAUUCCUCCCCAGGAGAGAGCACAGAAGGGAGGCCACCUUGACUUUAGAGGACAAGGGCGAUUUGUUUACAAAAAAAUACAAGUUAAUUCAAGAAGAUGGCUGCAGGAUACACAGCUUGGUGGAGGAAAACAGGGAGCUCUUCAAAGCCAGCGCCUCUCUGGAUACCUGGAAAAUUUAUGUAGAAUUCAUUGAUGACAUCGUGGUGGAAGGCUUUUUUCAGGCUAUAAUGCAUGACUUGGACUUUUUUCUGAUGAAUACAGAGAAACAAUUGAAACCUGCUCCACUUUUUCAAGCUCAAAUGAUGCUAAUGCCUCCCGAGAUUGUGUUUAAACCUUCUUUAGAGAGAGAGGUUGCGGAUGGCUUUUAUGACCUAGUAGAAGAAAUGUUGUGCAGUAGUUUCAGAAUGUCUGCCCAGAUGAAGCGAGUAGCAGCACAUCUGGAAAUAGCAAAUUACCAGAACGAUAUGGAUAACAUGUUGGGCCUGGCAGAGGUCAGGCAGGAGAUAAUGAAGAGAGUGGCAAGUGUCAUCGACAAAGUCUUGGAUUUCAGAAAUAGUCUAGAUAUCUACGCUUACCUUUGGGUAGAUGACCGAGCUGAGUUUAUGAAGCAUUUUCUCCUGUAUGGCCAUACUGUAUCAUCCGAAGAAGUGGAUGCUCAGACCAGUGAAGAAAUCCCUGAACAACCACCAACUCUUGAACAAUUCAAAGAACAGAUCGACAUUUAUGAGGCAUUGUAUGUUCAGAUGAGCAAGUUUGAUGACUUCAGAGUGUUUGAUAGUUGGUUCAGAGUGGACCUGAAGCCAUUCAAAGUGAGCUUGCUAACCAUUAUUAAGAAAUGGAGUUGGAUGUUUCAGGAGCAUCUUUUGAGAUUUGUCAUCAACAGUCUGAAUGAGCUACAAGAAUUUAUCAAGGAGACAGAUAUAGGACUCCAGAGAGAACUCAAUGAAGGUGAUCAUGAUGGUUUAGUUGACAUCAUGGGGCAUCUUCUGGCUGUCAGAAGCCGACAGAGAACUACAGAUGAGCUUUUUGAACCCCUAAAAGAAACCAUCACACUCUUGGAAAGCUAUGGCCAGAAGAUGCCUGAGCAAGUCUAUAUUCAGCUAGAGGAAUUACCUGAAAGAUGGGAAACUACCAAAAAAAUUGCAGCAACUGUCAGACAUGAAGUUUCACCUCUCCAAAAUGCAGAAGUCACUCUUAUAAGGAAAAAAUGUGUUUUGUUUGAUGGAAAGCAGGAAGAAUUCAGAGAGAGAUUCAAAUGCUAUGCCCCUCUUGGAUUUGAUGCAGAAAAUCCAUAUGCAGUGCUUGAUAAGGCAAAUGAAGAGCUUGAGGCAUUAGAAGAAGAAAUGUUGCAGAUGCAAGAAUCAACUCGUCUUUUUGAUGUUGCUCCUCCAGAGUACAAACAAAUGAAGCAGUGUCGCAAAGAAAUAAAACUACUGAAGGGACUCUGGGAUGUCAUUAUUUAUGUUAGAAGAAGCAUUGAUAAUUGGACUAAAACCCAGUGGAGACAGAUUAAUGUGGAACAGAUGGAUGUAGAACUCAGAAGGUUUGCCAAGGAAAUUUGGUCACUAGACAAGGAAGUUCGUGUUUGGGAUGCUUACUCAGGCCUGGAAGGUACAGUGAAGGACAUGGCAACCUCUCUGAGAGCUGUCACAGAAUUACAAAGCCCUGCCCUCAGGGACAGGCAUUGGCACCAGCUGAUGAAGGCCAUUGGGGUCAAGUUUUCAAUAAAUGAAGACACCACCUUGGCAGAUCUGCUAGCGCUGCAGCUGCACAGAGUGGAAGAUGACGUCCGAAGGAUCGUGGACAAAGCGAUGAAAGAACUGGGGACUGAGAAGGUUAUUACUGAAAUCAAUCAGACCUGGGCGACUAUGGAGUUUUCUUAUGAAGUUCACUAUCGAACAGGCAUUCCGUUAUUGAAGUCUGAUGAACAACUCUUUGAAACUCUUGAGCAUAACCAAGUUCAGUUGCAGACUCUUCUUCAAAGCAAGUAUGUGGAAUUUUUCAUCGAACAAGUAUUAAGCUGGCAAAAUAAAUUAAACAUAGCAGACUCAGUGAUCUUUACUUGGAUGGAAGUCCAGCGAACUUGGUCUCACCUGGAAAGCAUCUUUGUUUGUUCAGAAGAUAUUCGAAUCCAGCUUGGGGAAGAUGCUAGGAGAUUCGAUGGAGUAGAUGCUGAAUUUAAGGAGUUAAUGUUCAAGACAGCCAAAAUAAAAAAUGUUUUAGAAGCAACAUGCAGACCUAAUCUCUAUGAAAAACUUAAAGAUUUACAGUACAGGCUUUCUUUUUGUGAAAAAGCUCUUGCUGAAUACCUGGAAACCAAGCGUGUGGCUUUUCCUCGCUUCUAUUUCAUCUCUUCUGUCGACUUGCUUGAUAUUCUCUCAAAGGGAGCUCAGCCUAAACAGGUCACACGACACCUUGCCAAACUUUUUGACAGCCUCGCUGAUCUGCAGUUUGAUGAUAAUCACGAUGUUUCUGCACAUCGAGCAGUUGGAAUGUACAGCAAAGAAAAGGAAUAUGUCCCAUUCCAAGCUGAGUGUGAAUGCAUAGGCCAUGUGGAAACAUGGCUUCAGCAACUUGAACAGGCCAUGCAAGAAACAGUGCGUCAUUCUAUCACAGAAGCCAUAGCGGCCUAUGAGGACAAACCCAGGGAACUGUGGAUUUUUGAUUUCCCAGCUCAAGUUGCCCUAACCAGCUCACAAAUAUGGUGGACUACAGAUGUAGGAAUAGCCUUCAGUAGACUAGAGGAAGGCUAUGAAACGGCUCUAAAGGAUUUCCAUAAAAAACAGAUUUCCCAGUUGAAUACACUGAUUACCCUUUUGCUCGGAGAACUCCCAUCUGGAGACAGGCAGAAGAUCAUGGCAAUUUGUACUAUAGAUGUCCAUGCCAGAGAUGUGGUGGCUAAACUUAUUUCACAGAAGGUUGUCAGUCCCCAGGCUUUCGCUUGGCUAUCUCAACUUCGUCACCAGUGGGAAGACACCCAGAAGCACUGUUAUGUCAAUAUUUGCGAUGCCCAGUUCCAGUACUUCUAUGAAUACUUAGGAAAUAGUCCUCGAUUGGUGAUCACUCCUCUGACUGACAGAUGUUAUAUUACCUUGACUCAGUCACUUCAUCUGACCAUGAGUGGGGCUCCAGCUGGCCCAGCUGGUACAGGGAAAACAGAAACCACCAAAGAUCUGGGCCGUGCCCUUGGCAUGAUGGUUUAUGUCUUCAACUGUUCAGAGCAAAUGGACUACAAAUCCAUAGGAAAUAUCUAUAAGGGACUGGUGCAGACAGGAGCUUGGGGCUGUUUUGAUGAGUUCAAUCGAAUCGCUGUGGAAGUUCUGUCGGUGGUCGCAGUACAAGUGAAAAUGAUUCACGAUGCUAUCAGGAACAGGAAAAAGAGAUUUGUAUUUCUUGGGGAAGCUAUCACGCUCAAGCCAUCAGUUGGAAUAUUUAUUACCAUGAACCCAGGAUACGCUGGUCGAACUGAAUUACCAGAAAAUCUCAAAGCUCUUUUCAGACCCUGUGCCAUGGUGGCCCCUGACAUUGAGCUAAUAUGUGAAAUCAUGUUAGUUGCUGAAGGAUUUGUGGAUGCACGCUCUCUGGCCCGGAAAUUCAUUACAUUGUACACGCUCUGCAAAGAACUCCUCUCCAAGCAGGAUCAUUAUGAUUGGGGACUUCGUGCUAUUAAAUCUGUCUUGGUUGUAGCCGGCUCUCUGAAACGAGGAGAUAAAAAUAGACCUGAAGAUCAGGUACUCAUGAGAGCACUGAGGGACUUCAAUAUGCCUAAAAUAGUGACUGACGACAUCCCAGUGUUUCUGGGCCUGAUCAGUGACCUGUUUCCAGCCUUGGAUGUGCCCCGGAGAAGGAAACUACACUUUGAACAGAUGGUCAGGCAGUCUACCCUGGAGCUCCGCCUGCAGCCUGAAGAUAGCUUCAUCCUCAAAGUUGUCCAGCUUGAGGAGCUGUUGGCUGUGCGGCAUUCUGUCUUUGUGGUUGGAAAUGCGGGCACAGGAAAGAGCCAGAUUUUGCGAACACUGAACCAAACAUAUGUUAACAUGAAACAGAAACCCGUUUGGAAUGACUUAAACCCUAAAGCUGUAACAACAGAUGAACUCUUUGGUUUCAUACAUCAUGCUACCCGAGAAUGGAAAGAUGGCAAAAUAAUGUCCUUUGCAUAUUUUGUAGGUCUCUUCUCAUCCAUUCUGCGGGAACAAGCAAAUCUUAUGCAUGAUGGACCGAAAUGGAUAGUGCUGGAUGGAGAUAUUGACCCCAUGUGGAUUGAAUCACUAAAUACUGUCAUGGAUGACAACAAGGUGCUGACCCUCGCCAGCAAUGAGCGUGUAGCCCUCACUCCUUUCAUGAGGCUCCUGUUCGAGAUAAGCCACUUGAGAACGGCAACCCCAGCGACUGUAUCCAGAGCUGGUAUUCUGUAUGUGAACCCACAAGAUUUGGGCUGGAAUCCGUAUGUGGCCAGUUGGAUAGACAGAAGGCAACAUCAAUCAGAAAAGGCUAAUUUAACUAUCCUUUUCGAUAAAUACGUCCCUGCAUGUUUGGAUAAGCUGAGAACAAGCUUUAAGACUAUCACUUCAAUUCCAGAGAGUAGCCUGGUGCAGACUCUCUGUGUUCUUUUGGAGUGUUUGUUGACUCCUGAAAAUGUACCAUCUGACAGCCCAAAAGAAAUCUAUGAAGUCUAUUUUGUCUUUGCUUGUAUCUGGGCCUUUGGAGGCACCCUGCUACAAGACCAGCUUUUUGAUUAUCAAGCUGAUUUCAGCCGGUGGUGGCAUAAAGAGAUGAAGGCGGUGAAGUUUCCAUUCCAGGGGACAAUCUUUGACUAUUACUUGGACCAUAAGACUAAGAAAUUCUUGCCUUGGGCUGAAAAAAUUCCCCAGUUUACUAUGGAGCCUGAUGUACCUCUUCAGAAACUACAAGUUUCGUGGAAACUGGAAGCAUAUUUCUGUGCAGUGAUUCUUAUUUCGGACCUUAUUGUAUUUGUUAAAGUGGCACUCCGCUUCUCAGUACCCAAAUCUGUAUUAACCACAAUGAGAUACAAUCUCAUACCUGUUAGAAUGGCUGUUAUCAGUAGCAUGAAAGAUAGCAAGCAUUGGCAAGGAUGA